CACCGCCAGCUGUUUUAUGUUUACAAACUUGAGUUUGCGCAUUCUCUCCAUCUACAACUUCACAAGGUGACCUUUACACUCAAAUUGAACUUAGUAAAGCCGGCGAAUCGACAACUUCUUCAUUACAAUUCGGUCGCUACCAAGAAAUCAACAUGUCCAUCCCCCAAUCGGACGUCGAAAGACGCAAACAAAUCAGUGUCCGAGGGAUCGCCCAAGUGGGCGACGUCAACGAGAUCAAGAAGACCUUCAACAGGCAUCUUCACUACACCCUCGUCAAGGACAGGAAUGUUGCCACUGCAAGAGAUUACUACUUCGCUCUGGCGCACACGGUGAAGGACCAUUUGGUCUCGAGAUGGAUCAGGACGCAGCAGUAUUACUACGAGAAGGACCCCAAGAGAGUAUACUACCUCUCGUUGGAAUUCUACAUGGGCCGCUCUCUCUCCAACACAAUGAUCAACCUCGGGAUCCAAAAUUCCGUGGACGAGGCUCUCUAUCAGCUAGGUUUGGACAUCGAAGAGUUGGAGGAAUUGGAGGAGGACGCGGGCUUGGGUAACGGCGGCUUGGGCCGACUGGCGGCUUGUUUCCUGGACUCGAUGGCGACUCUAGGGAUGGCCGCCUAUGGCUACGGCAUCCGCUACGAGUACGGGAUUUUCGCCCAAAAAAUCAUAAACGGGGAGCAACAGGAGGAGCCCGACGAUUGGCUCCGGUUCGGCAACCCGUGGGAGAAAGCCCGGCCUGAGUACAUGCUCCCUGUUAAUUUUUACGGCAAUGUUGUCGACACCCCGAAUGGGAAAAAAUGGGUCAACACCCAAGUGAUUUUCGCCCUGCCGUAUGAUAGUCCCAUCCCCGGCUAUAACAACAACGUUGUCAACACGCUGCGCUUGUGGUCGGCGAAAUCGCCCAUUGAUUUUAAUCUCAAAUUCUUCAACGACGGUGAUUAUAUUCAAGCCGUCCUCGACCGUAAUCUAGCUGAAAACAUCUCGCGUGUGUUGUACCCCAAUGAUAAUAAUUUCGGGGGGAAAGAGCUGCGUCUGAAACAGGAGUAUUUCAUGUGUGCUGCCACCCUCCAAGACAUUAUCCGGCGCUUUAAAGCGGCCAAGUUCGGCACUCGCGAGUACACAAGAACUGAUUUCGAUUUGUUACCCGAUAAGGUUGCGAUUCAGUUGAAUGAUACUCACCCUUCUUUGGCUAUUCCCGAAUUGAUGCGCAUUUUGGUCGACAUUGAGGGACUCCCCUGGAAUAAAGCGUGGAAUAUCACGGUCAAAACGUGCGCUUAUACCAACCAUACCGUACUACCUGAAGCUCUAGAGCGGUGGCCGGUGGAAAUGCUCCAAAAUAUUUUACCGAGACAUUUGGAGAUUAUCUACCAAAUUAAUCACUUACACCUUGAGGAGGUUUUGAAAAAAUGGCCUGGGGACCUUGACAGGAUGCGCCGCAUGUCUCUGAUUGAGGAAGAGGGCGGGAAACGAGUGAAUAUGGCCCAUUUGUCCAUUGUGGGGUCACAUGCAGUGAACGGGGUCGCAAGAAUUCACUCAGAGAUUAUCAAGAGCGAUUUGUUUAAGGAUUUCUACGAAAUGACUCCGGAAAAGUUCCAGAACAAGACCAACGGAAUCACCCCCCGCCGAUGGCUCCUUAUGUGUAACCCCGGCCUGAGCGACUUGAUUUCGGAUAAAAUCGGCGAGGACUGGGUCGUCCACCUCGACCAGCUCUCCAAGUUGACCCAAUGGGCCAAAGACCCCAAUUUCCAAAGGGCCGUGAUGAAGGUCAAGCAGGAAAACAAGCUAAAACUCGCCCAACUUCUGGAGAAGGAAUACGGCGUGAAAAUAAAUCCCGGUUCGAUGUUCGACAUUCACGUCAAACGCAUACACGAGUACAAGCGGCAACUGUUGAACUGCCUCCACAUUAUCACGCUUUAUAACAGAAUCAAGCGGAACCCUUCGGCUAAAUGCACCCCCAGGACGGUCAUGAUCGGGGGAAAAGCGGCGCCGGGUUAUUACACCGCGAAAAAAAUCAUCAAACUGAUCAACUGUGUGGCUAAUGUUGUGAACAACGACCCCAUGGUUGGGGAUAAGUUGAAGGUGAUCUUCCUGGAGAACUAUCGCGUGUCACUUGCCGAGAAAAUAAUCCCUGCUGCGGAUCUAAGCGAGCAGAUUUCGACCGCUGGGACGGAGGCCUCCGGGACCGGAAAUAUGAAGUUCCAGCUAAAUGGGGCCUUGACCAUUGGGACGCUGGACGGAGCGAAUGUGGAAAUGGCCGAGGAGAUGGGUCGCGAGAAUAUUUUUAUUUUCGGGAUGACUGUUGAAGAAGUGGAAGAGUUGAAACGGAAGGGUUACAACGCGUACGAUUACUACAACGCGAACCCCGAACUGAAACUUGUGGUUGACCAGAUUCAGAACGGGUUUUUCACUCCGAAUAAUCCCGAUGAGUUUAAAGACUUAGCGGAUAUUUUGCUGAAGUACGAUCGGUUCUUUUUAUUGGCCGAUUAUGAUGCUUAUAUUAAGAAACAGGAAGAAGCAAGCAAUGUCUAUCAGGAUCAAGCCAAAUGGGUUGAAAUGGCCAUUCACAACAUCGCAUCGUCGGGGAAAUUUUCCAGCGAUCGGACCAUUAUUGAAUAUGGACGGGAGAUAUGGGGCGUUGAACCUAGUUAUGAGAAACUCCCAGCGCCCCACGAACCACGAGAAUUGACCCUUAAGGAGAACUAAAUUUGAUAUUUUGUUAUAAAUUUUCCUGUGGGAACGUUUGAUAUUGUUAUUUUGUAGUAAACAAAAAGAGUAUUUACAUGUUGUAUAAAUAAAAUUGUUGUUUAUUAAAACAGUGCCAAAAUUGUUAUUAUGAGCUGUUUUGCGGCGCUUCUGACACUUUAUUGCUCUCACAUUAUCUUUUGUUAUUAUUAUUAUUUUUAUGUAAAGGUUAGUUUGUUUAAGUAUUUUAAAUAAAGUCAAGUGUGUCGUAGUAUUUAUGGCACUGUGUUCAAUA